CUCACACAAGGUCUGUUCAGAGAAUCUUCUUCUCUUGCUGAAAUUGUUCACAUCUAUUACAUAAAGUUAAAUUAUUGAUCGACAUCUUAAAAGGUGAAUGGCGUUUAGAGGUCGUGGAAGGGGAAGAGGAGGGGGAGCACCUCGGUAUUCUAAGGAAGAACCCUUUCUGCCAUUUCCUGAUACCAUAUUACCUGAUGCUAGAGGUAUUUUGUCUGAGCUAGAUCAAAAGCGGAACAAAGGUUUGAAGGAGGAAGAAACAUUAAUUAUUGAUACUCUGUAUUCUCUAAUGAAAUCCGAAUAUAAUCUUGACAUGCCUGGUGGACAUGACAAAAAUGUUGAAAUAUCUGAGGAAAGCAAGCGAAAGCGUAAGAGAGAAAUUGAUUCUUUCAAACAGUAUUUGGUUCUCAGUAUGUUUCCGGAAGAAUUGCCUAGAGGUUCAAAUGUGCGGCAGGUGAAAAGAGAAAAUGUUAAAUGGAAUAAGCUGGACACGGAAAAUUCUGAGAUGUAUUGGAAUGAGAUUGAAAAGCGAGAACAGAAUUUGGAUGCAAAGAAACAGAAAGAAGGUGAAAAGGAUGAGGAAGAGGACGAUGAUGCGGAAGAGGAGGAGGAGGAAGAUGAAGACUCUAGUAAUGAAGAUUAUCAACAGACCAAGGAUUUUGAUGAUGAUGAGGAUGAUUUUAAUCCAGAAGAAUGUGAUGAUGAACCUGAAUUGGACAUGUAGAUGGCGUCUGGGGACAACCUGGUGAAGAAGAUUAUAGAAUCACCGCCUCUUAAUUUCUCUUCCAAGUAUCAUGAUUGUUACCCCUUGUACUGUUACAAAUUGUAUCUACAAAAUUUUAUGGAUAAAUAAUAUUAGUUACAUAAUCAAGUAAUCAACUAUAUCCCCAAGUUUAUAAACUGCUUUUACUCUCAU